AUGUCCUCGAUUGAUGUGGUGGGUUGCCAGUUGGGGAUAUCAACCAACUCGUUGAUACGAAUUGCUAUAUUUCCUAUUGGUAAAAUCAAUGCCAGUACAUUUAAAAAGUUUGUUUCCAUGAUACAGGCAUGUGAUUCAAAACCCAUAAAGAGUCUUACUCGAUUCCGAGAUGAUAAUUUAAAGAGUCCUUUCCAAAAACAAGAUUGGGCUAGAUCGGUUCUCAAAUUUCAGUUUGUAGAGGAAACAAGCAUCAAUACUGGAUAUUCUGAUUUUCAUCAAUAUCGGAACGUUCAUGGAGUGAUUGGGAUCAUGAGUUGUUUGAGUGAGGAAUCUGUGGCGACCGGUUUUACGAAAUACAAGAAACAAAAGUUGCAAGUUUACGGAAAGAAUAUUGUCGGAAGAUGUUUUGCAGUCGAACAAGAUCCGGAAACAACAGCACCCGAGGAUGAGGAGUUGGUUGUUAUUCCAAACCAAGAUGAAAGCCAUGUUGGAUUUCACAUUGAUUAUCUCUUUUCCGAUCUUGCAAGACAGGUUUUGAUUAGAUUCGAGAAAAUCGUCUCCAAUCCAGCAGCAUAUUUUAAUGAAUUGUCAAAUUCCUUUCUCAUGUCUUCCCCAACGGGCAUGUUUCCAUCAGCAUCAUCCUUCAAUUCUAAAAAGAUGACUCCUUCAAAAUCAAGAAAUGAUUUAGCAAUAGCUUCUCAACCUACUUCUACUCAACCUAAUGCUCCUUCAAGUACUGGCACCUCACAGAGCGACGAAAAGAAUUUGCAAAAUAUGAAGCUUUUUGCCGACUGUGCAUUGCUAAUUUCUGACUAUGAAGAUGCAUUAUCAACCUAUACUGAAAUUUCCAAUAUUUGCAAGCAACAAAUGGCAAACUCUUCUGUAGCUGUUGGAUCAAUUAAUUAUGCAUUGUAUCAGGCAGGCAGUUCUGAAGGAAUUGCCACCAUAACAUUUGUAAAAAACAAGGUAGCAAUUCGAGAGGUUGACAGCACCAUCAUUCAACAAAUCUAUGACUUGUUGCACGAAGCACUCGAUUCCUACGAAAAAUCAAAGAAAAAGGAUCUGCUUGUAGAGUGCUACAUCAAAACUGCUGUAUUUAUUUCAACGUAUUGUGACAAGAAGAAGAGAAAAGAGGCUUUGGAUUGUCUUUCAAAAGCUGUUCAAGCAGCUGUCACACUCACAACUCAAGAAAGGAUUGUGGUUUCUGGAUUUGCAGCUAAAAUUUGCAAGCAAAUGAAAUCCAAAAGAAAAUUUGGAUUUUUUCUUCGUCAUGUAGCUCAAUUACAUCACGACUUGUGCAAUCAAGGAGUAUCUAUACGACUAGGAGCUCAAUUUUUAGAUGCAUAUAACAUACCUUUGGAGCUGACACCAACAAUUGAAUGGAAAGUAAAAAAGAACUACAAGCUUAAAGGCUGGAAUACUAUCCAGAUGGAUAUUAUCAGGAGUAUGAUAGACUUUGCACAGUCCAUGAGCCCACCUGACUACUCAACUGAAAUUCAGUAUCGACUCUACCUUCUUUCGGAAUACUAUCCAAUAAUGCCCAAAUUACUUCAAGAGGAGCAUUUAAAGCGUGUUUUGGCUAUUUCACACCAAAUUCCAAAGAAUGUCAACAUACUACUGAAACCUCUGCCCAUUAUCAAAAUGGUAGCACCAAUGAAAUUAUCCUCACAUUUGGAACCUAAAGUGUUGGAAGUUAAGCAAAAUAGACCUCAAUUAUUUAUUUAUUCUCCUUUCGAUAAGAAAGAUGAAACUAGAGUACAACUGAAUUGGGUCAAGAACGAGACUGCACAAAUUCUUGUAGAAUUUAUGAACCCUUUCAGAUUUGAUUUACGUUUGAAAAAUGUAUCGGUUCGGUUUAAGCCAGAAAUGGAACCUAUUGGAGGUUUAGAUAGUUCAGAACCAAUUUGUGAUGUAUUUGUUCAUUCAUGUCUUGUUCUGAGUGGCAUGACUCACAAAGUUGUAAUUGCCACAAAACCAAGACAUGUUGGAAGAAUACUGUUGGACGCUGUGGGAAUUGAAUUCGAAGACGGAAGAUUUAAAUCUCCAAUCUACAUACCCAUAGCUUCUCAACAUCUAGUCAAUGAAAAGAAAGAAAAGAGAUCUUAUGAGAUUGACGUGAUUGAAACAGUGCCACUGCUGAAUGUUACACUCUCGACUCCACAAUUAUCUCUUGUCGAGGGUGAAACAACAACAUUAUUUGCCAAGUUACAUAAUACCGGAAAUUGUGAAAUUACAUUCCUUGAGAUUACAUUCAAUAAUCAAACCUCCAAUUCUGUAUCUAUUAAGGACGAAAUUGUGAAGAAGUAUUUACCUCUACUUCCUGAUGGUGAUGUCGUGACCAUACCUAUUGAAGUUGUUGGAUAUUGGAAAGGAUCUAGUGACAUUGGCAUUAUCAACAUUCAUAUUAAAUAUGGAAUUGAAGGUGACCAAUAUGAGAAGGCAUACUAUAGAGAAAUUGAUCUAUCUAUCAAAACAACAGUAUUACGAGCUCUGGUCGUUGAAGAUUGCAUCACUGUGAAUGAAACAUUCAACAAGAAAAUUGUUGCCAAAAUUCAUAAUUAUUCCAACUCUUCAUUCAUGCUACUCUCCAGUUUGACACAAUAUUUAAUGGAUGAACAAUUUGAUACUGGAAUUCCAUUUGGAGCUCAAUCCACCAAGAUGAUUCUAGUAGAUCCCUCCAUUUUGCACAACAUUAAUUUCGAACAGCUCAAUAUUCCAUAUACUGCUGACAUUAAUCAAUACAAAGGAAUUAUUGCUCAAGCCAUGAGAUGGAAAUCUUAUGUGAAUACACAAGGUGUUGUUGGAUGUAAAGAAAAUGAUGAAGUCAAGCAAUCGUCAAAGGAUAAAACUCAAAUGAGAAAACAAACCACUGAAACUUCUAUUCCCUCAACCAUGAAUGAUCUCAUCAAUGUGAAACAAGAAUUGACAGCAAUUGUAAAUAAUCAACACACGAUUUCUCACAAAGAGCUUGCCAUCGAUCAACAACCUGUGCAAGUAUCCAUUGCAGAAGAAAUUGAAUUUACUGCCUCCAUUACAUUGAGUUCUACAAAUCCAAAUCAAGAGGCCUUUAACAAGAUUGCAAGUUUAAUAUUUAAUAUUUAUCAGGAUGCUGAAAACGGCUCAAGGAUUGUUGCCACUAAUAGACAGUUUUGUUAUUCUGGAAACUUGAAUUCAUGUAUUGAGUUGGUUCACUCCAAUGUGGUCAGAGUCACUCUGAAAGUAUUCUUUUUAGAGAGAGGAACCUUUAAGGUUUCUGUGGCUUGCUGUGAUGAGCAAACAGAAGACGUUGUGCUAUUGACGUCUCCUCUUGAAGCAAUAAUUGAAGUUAGAAAUGGACUCAAUUGA